UGGUUGCGUCCGUGACAUCAUCAUCAUGGCAACAAGAGCUGCAGCCUGGGACCGAGGAGCCCGUGUGAUUCCCGGCGGCGGCGGCCGUGGCGGCAGCAGCAGCGGCACCACCCGACCCGACGAACGCGCGAGGGCUUCUCUCCCGCUGCCUCUCGCCGGGAGCGUCUGAGGAGGCGGCGGCAGCACACAGCCUCCGCAGCCUGGGCGCGCCGCCGCCGCCGCCGCUCGUCCCGGCGUCCGUGCGAGGGGCGGGGGGGAAGCCGAACCGAGGAGGAAGGGGAGGAGGCGCCUCUGCGGAGCCCGCCGCCGCCGCUGCUGCCAGGUCGCUGAGUGGAGGGGAGGCGGUGGCGGCGGCGGCGAACAUGUUUUCUGUGCGGAUAGUGACUGCCGACUACUACAUGGCCAGCCCGCUGCCGGGGCUGGAUAUCUGCCAAUCCCCGCUCACCCAGCUCCCUGUCAAGAAGGUGCCGGUGGUACGAGUCUUCGGGGCGACCCCGGCAGAAUAAAAACCAAGACAAGCCACAUAAAAGCAUCCUAAAAAUUAAACUGUCAUCAUAUUAUUUGUUUUAAAACUAUGGAAUAAUAUAUCUGAGGAAGAUUACUCUCAAAAUUGUUUUUCUCAAUUUCAAGUCAGAAGACAUGUCUUCAUCUACAUGGCAUCUUUCCUUACCUCUAUGUGCCAUACGAUGGUUAUGGACAGCAGCCAGAAAGCUAUCUUUCUCAGAUGGCAUUCAGUAUCGACAGAGCACUUAAUGUGGCUUUAGGCAAUCCAUCUUCCACUGCUCAGCAUGUGUUCAAAGUGUCAUUAGUAUCAGGAAUGCCUUUUUAUGGUUAUCAUGAGAAGGAAAGACACUUUAUGAAGAUCUAUCUUUACAAUCCUGCAAUGGUGAAAAGGAUAUGUGAACUUUUGCAAAGUGGAGCCAUAAUGAAUAAAUGUUACCAGCCUCAUGAAGCGCAUAUUCCCUACCUCCUACAGCUCUUCAUUGACUACAAUCUUUAUGGAAUGAAUUUAAUAAACCUGGCUGCUGUCAAGUUCCGAAAAGCAAGAAGGAAAGGUGAUGCAUCACAUGCAGCUGGAUUAUUCAAGCAUCGGUUGUCAGGAAAUUCUCCUGCUGGCACUUUAUUUAGGUGGGAAGAGGAUGAACUACCAAGUUCUUUAUUGUUGGAAGGUGUUGAACCCCUGAGUACAUGUGAAUUAGAAGUGGAUGCUGUAGCUGCUGACAUCUUAAAUAGGCUGGACAUUGAGGCUCAGAUUGGUGGAAACCCUGGGCUGCAGGCCAUAUGGGAAGAUGAAAAACAGCGGAGAAGAAACAGGAAUGAAAGCUCUCAAGUCAGCCAGCCCGAGUCACAAGAUUGCAGAUUUGUACCAGCAACAGAAAGUGAAAAAAAAUUUCAGAAGAGACUUCAAGAAGUUCUCAAACAGAAUGAUUUCUCAGUCAGAACAUUAUCAGGAUCUGUGGACUACAGCAAUGGAUCCCAAGAGUUCUCUGCUGAAUUAACAUUACACUCUGAGAUUCUUUCUCCUGAAAUGCUACCGUGUUCACCAGCUAAUAUGAUAGAAGUCCACAAAGACACAGAUUUGAGCAGAGGUAAUACUAAACACAAAGCAGAAGAAGCACUUAUUAAUGAAGAAGCAAUUUUGAACCUCAUAGAAAAUAGUCAGACUUUUCAGCCUUUGACUCAGAGACUGAGUGAGACACCAGUUUUCAUGGACAGUAGUCCUGAUGAGUCGCUGGUCCAUCUUCUUGCUGGUUUGGAAAGUGAUGGAUAUCAAGGAGAAAAGAAUAGGAUGCCAUUACCAUGUCACUCCUUUGGAGAAUCGCAAAACCCCCAAAAUAGUGACGAUGAAGAGAACGAACCACAGAUUGAGAAGGAGGAGAUGGAGCUUAGUGUGGUGAUGUCCCAGAGAUGGGACAGUGAUAUUGAAGACCAUUGUGCCAAAAAGAGGUCACUGUGCAGGAAUGCCCACAGAAGUUCUACUGAAGAAGAUGACUCGUCCUCAGAAGAGGAAAUGGAGUGGACUGAUAAUAGUUUGCUUUUUGCCAAUCUCUCUAUACCUCAGUUAGAUGGAACUGCAGAUGAAAAUAGUGACAAUCCAUUAAACAAUGAAAAUUCUAGAACCCACUCUUCUGUGAUCGCGACAAGCAAGCUAUCAGUAAGACCCUCCAUCUUUCACAAAGAUGCUGCUACGUUAGAACCUCCAUCUUCUGCUAAGAUUACCUUUCAGUGUAAACACACAAGUGCCCUUUCUUCCCAUGUUUUAAACAAAGAUGAUUUAACUGAAGGCCUUUCACAACCAAACAGUACAGGAGAAGGUCGAGAUCAUUCAGUCACUUUUACAAAGGAAAGUACUUACUCUGUGAAGUACCCUGGAUCUUUAAGUAGUACUGUUCAUUCAGAUAAUUCUCACAAAGAGGUCUGUAAGAAAGACAAGUCUUUGCCGGUAUCUUCCUGUGAAAGUAGUGUUUUUGAUUAUGAAGAAGAUAUUCCAUCUGUUACAAGACAAGUACCAAGUAGAAAGUACUCGAACAUGAGAAAGAUUGAAAAGGAUGGCUCUUUCAUACAUGUGAACCGUCACACUAGUGAGACUAUAUUGGGGAAAAACUCUUUCAACUUUGCUGACUUAAAUCACUCAAAACAUAAAUUAUCGUCUGAAGGAAACGGAAAGGGAAAUAGCACAUCUUUUAGUGGUGUACUUCCCACUUCGCUAACGGAAAGCUGUGACUUGCUGCCAUCUUCAGGGGAGAACAGAACUGCGGCUCAUUCUCUCGAUAGCAUCACUGAUGGGAGUGGACUAAACAAACUUAAGAUCAGAUAUGAAGAAUUCCAAGAGCAUAAGAUGGAAAAGCCCAGUCUCAGCCAGCAAGCAGCACAUUAUAUGUUCUUCCCCAGUGUUGUCCUUUCUAAUUGUCUCACUAGGCCACAGAAACUUUCUCCUGUCACAUACAAACUACAACCUGGCAGUAAACCUUCCCGGUUAAAAUUGAAUAAAAAGAAGUUAAUAGGUCUUCAGGAAACUUGUACCAAAAGUAGUGAAACUGGAGCCACAAAAGACAGUUGUACGCAUAAUGACCUGUACAGUGGUUCUUCCGAGAAGGAUAAUGGAUUGAGUAGUGACUUAGUUAAAGCUACUCAUGGGGCAUUUGAAAAUAAAAUACCUACAGAACAUUUUAUAGACUGUCAUUUUGGAGAUGGAUCUUUAGAAGCUGAACAGUCUUUUGGACUAUAUGGAAAUAAAUAUACACUUAGAGCCAAACGCAAGGUUAAUUAUGAAACAGAAGAUAGUGAGUCAAGUUUUGUAACACAGAACUCAAAAAUUAGCCUACCUCAUCCCAUGGAAGUUGGUGAAAAUUUAGAUGGAACUCUCAAAUCCCGAAAACGAAGAAAAAUGUCUAAAAAGUUGCCCCCUGUCAUUAUAAAGUAUAUUAUUAUUAAUAGAUUUAGAGGGAGAAAAAAUAUGCUUGUGAAGCUAGGUAAAAUAGAUUCUAAAGAAAAACAAGUAAUAUUAACUGAGGAAAAAAUGGAACUUUAUAAAAAGCUUGCACCUUUGAAGGAUUUCUGGCCAAAAGUUCCUGACUCCCCUGCAACCAAAUAUCCCAUUUAUCCACUAACACCAAAGAAGAGUCACAGAAGGAAGUCAAAACAUAAAUCUGCUAAGAAAAAACCUGGGAAGCAGCACAGAGCAAACAGUGAAAAUAUUAAAAGAACUUUAUCUUUCAGAAAGAAGCGGACACAUGCUGUCCUUUCUCCUCCCUCCCCAUCAUACAUUGCUGAAACCGAAGACUGUGACUUGAGUUAUAGUGACGUUAUGUCUAAGCUAGGCUUUCUUUCUGAGAGAAGCACAAGCCCUAUCAAUUCCUCUCCACCGCGAUGCUGGUCUCCCACAGACCCGAGAGCUGAAGAAAUUAUGGCUGCUGCAGAAAAGGAAUCGAUGCUUUUUAAGGGUCCUAAUGUAUAUAACACUAAGACUCUUAGUCCUCGGGUGGGAAAAGCUAGUCGAGCAAGAGCACAGGUUAAGAAGUCAAAAGCAAGACUUGCUAACUCCUCUGUAGUUACUAACAAAAGAAACAAACGGAAUCAGACAACUAAACUAGUGGAUGAUGGAAAGAAGAAACCAAGAGCAAGGCAGAAACAGAGAGCCAAUGAGAAGAGUCUGUCAAGGAAGCAUGCAAUACCUGUGGAUGAAACGACAAAACCGUGCUCCGAGGCUGAGCCCACACCAAACUACCGGAGUAUGUCUGAGCUCACAAGUAGUUCUGGUGCUCAAGCACUUUCUAAACAGAAAGAGAUGUCACAGACAGGCCCUGCCAUGGAUCAACCUCUUCCUCCUUCCCAACCCACUGGAAUUAAUGCACAACAGCGGCUGUCUAACUGCUUUUCCUCGUUCUUAGAAAGCAAGAAGUCUGUAGAUUUGCGAACAUUCCCCCUUUCAAGAGAUGAUUCACAGUCUUCUGUUGUUUAUAAUUCUAUAGGACCUGGAAUCUCAAAAAUUAAUAUUCAGAGAUCUCAUACUCAAAGUGCUAUGUUUACUCGAAAGGAAACAACCUUGAUUCAAAAAAGCAUAUUCGACCUUUCUAACCAUUUGUCUCAGGUAGCACAGAGUACACAGGUAUGUUCAGGUAUAAUAUCUCCAAAAACAGAGGAGAGCUCAAAUAUACAAAAAAACUGUGGGUCAUCUACGGGAAAGUUAAAUGAGUAUCGAAGUUCCCUAGAAUCAAAGCCAGAACAAGUCUGUGCCCCUAGUUUUUUGCACUGCAAAGACAGUCAGCAACAGACUGUGAGUGUGUCAGAACAAUCAAAAAACAGUGAAACUUGUUCUCCAGGAAAUGCAGCUUCUGAGGAGAGCCAGACACCUAAUUGUUUUGUCACUUCUUUGAAAAGUCCCAUCAAACAAAUAGCAUGGGAGCAAAAACAGAGGGGCUUUAUUUUAGAUAUGUCAAAUUUUAAGCCUGAAAAGGUAAAACAAAGGUCAUUGUCAGAAGCAAUUUCACAAACCAAAGCGCUGUCUCAAUGUAAGAAUCAAAAUGUGUCAACGCCUUCAGUAUUUGGUGAAGGACAAUCUGGGCUAGCUGUUCUAAAAGAAUUGUUACAAAAAAGACAACAGAAAGCACAAAGUACAAAUGUCGUACAAGACUCAACGUCUACUCAUCAGCCAGAUAAGAAUAUCUCUGUUUCUAAUGAGCAUAAGAAAACAAAUAAGCGAACACGAGCAGUGACUUCUCCAAGAAAACCUCGGACUCCCAGAAGAACAAAACCUAAGGAGCAAACCCCCAGACGUCUAAAAGUAGAUCCUCUAAACCUACAGACCUCUGGUCACUUGGAUAAUUCCCUAUCAGAUGACAGUCCCAUCCUUUUCUCAGAUCCAGGUUUUGAAAGUUGUUAUUCACUUGAAGAUAGUCUGUCUCCUGAACAUAAUUAUAAUUUUGAUAUUAACACAAUUGCUCAGACUGGAUUUUGUAGCUUUUACUCUGGUAGUCAGUUUGUUCCAGCUGAUCAGAAUUUGCCGCAGAAGUUUCUAAGCGAUGCUGUUCAGGAUCUUUUUCCAGGACAAGCUAUAGAGAAGAAUGAGCUUCUAAGUCAUGACAAACAGAGUUGUAAUGAGGAAAAGCAUCACAUCCCUGACUCAAGCCCAUGGAUCAGAGCCAGUGCUUUAAACCCUGAACUUUUUGAGAAGGUAGCUAUGGAUAACAAUGAGAAUCAUCGGCACAGCCAGUGGAAAAAUAGCUUUCAUCCUCUGACAUCUCAUUCUAACUCAAUAAUGGAAUCUUUUUGUGUCCAGCAAGCAGAGAACUGUCUAACAGAAAAAUCAAGACUGAAUAGGAGUUCAGUGAGUAAGGAAGUGUUUCUCAGUCUCCCACAGGCAAGCAGUUCAGACUGGAUUCAAGGUCACAACCGAAAAGAAGCAGAGCAGUCUCUAGACUCUGCUAAUACCUCUUUUACUACCAUGCUUUCCUCCCCUGAUGGGGAGCUUGUGGAUGCAGCUUCUGAAGAUUUAGAAUUGUAUGUUUCAAGAAACAACGAUGUGUUGACACCAACUCCUGAUAGUUCACCAAGGUCUGCCAGUUCUCCCUUACAAUCUAAAAAUGGCAGUGUUACUCCUCGAACUGCUCAUAUUCUGAAACCACUUAUGUCCCCACCAAGUAGGGAAGAAAUCGUAGCAACUUUGCUAGAUCAUGAUCUUUCAGAGGCUAUAUAUCAGGAACCAUUUUGCAGUAAUCCUUCGGAUGUGCCCGAAAAGCCCAGGGAGAUUGGUGGCCGGCUCCUAAUGGUGGAAACUCGACUUCCAAACGACCUGAUUGAAUUUGAAGGAGACUUUUCCUUGGAAGGACUUGGCCUGUGGAAAACAGCCUUCUCAGCAAUGACACAGAAUCCCAGGCCAGGGUCCCCACUUCGUAAUGGCCAAGCAGUUGUCAAUAAAGAGUCAAGUAAUAGCCAUAAGAUGGUAGAAGAUAAAAAAAUUGUAAUUAUGCCUUGCAAGUAUGCUCCAAGUCGGCAACUGGUUCAAGCAUGGCUUCAAGCCAAAGAAGAAUAUGAACGUUCAAAGAAACUCCGUAAAACCGAGUUAACUCCAUUGACAAAAUCUGCUGAAAAUGCCAGCCCUUCAGUUAAUCCAGGUGACACACAUGCAGUCUCUCCACAAGUGGAUAAAUGCCCACAUACACUUCCUUCUACAGCACAUACCAAGGAAGAAGUUAGUAAGUCUCAGAUUGCUUUGCAAACAUCAACUACAGGAUGCAGUCCGACAGUAAGUGCCAGUCAGAUACUGCUAGCAGCUGCCUCUGCAGCUGUCCCUGAGGAAGAUGAAGACGAUGAUGAUAACUGUUAUGUUAGUUACAGCUCCCCUGAUUCUCCAGGUAUUCCACCUUGGCAGCAGGCAACAUCCCCAGACUUCAGAUCAUUAAACGGAGAUGACAGACAUUCAUCACCAGGAGAGGAGCUUUGCUCCCUAGCUGUUGAGAACUUCUUAAAGCCAAUAAAAGAUGGUAUCCAAAAAAACUCCUGCUCUGACUCUUGGGAGCCUCAAGUGAUCUCUCCAAUCCAUGCUAGGGCAAGAACUGGGAAGUGGGAUCCACUUUGCCUUCAUAGUACACCAGUUAUGCAGAGAAAAUUCCUGGAAAAGCUUCCUGAAGCAACUGGCCUUAGCCCUUUAUCUGUAGAACCAAAAACACAGAAGUUGUAUAAUAAGAAAGGAAGUGAUGCUGAUGGUCUCAGGAGAGUUCUCCUGACAACGCAAAUGGAGAAUCAGUUUGCAGCAGUAAAUACUCCAAAGAAAGAAACUUCUCAGAUUGAUGGACCGUCCUUAAACAAUACCUAUGGUUUCAAAGUCAGCAUACAGAACUUACAGGAGGCAAAGGCUUUACAUGAGAUACAAAAUCUGACCUUAAUCAGUGUGGAGUUACAUGCUCGAACUAGAAGAGACUUACAACCAGAUCCUGAGUUUGACCCAAUCUGUGCUUUGUUCUACUGCAUUUCAUCUGACACUCCACUCCCAGACACAGAGAAAACAGAACUCACGGGUGUAAUCGUGAUUGAUAAGGACAAGACAGUCACCCAUCAAGAUAUCAGAUGUCAGACCCCAUUACUUAUCAGAUCUGGCAUUACAGGAUUACAAGUGACCUACGCUGCUGAUGAGAAGGCUCUCUUUCAGGAGAUUACAAAUAUAAUAAAGAGGUAUGACCCUGACAUUCUGCUAGGCUAUGAGAUUCAGAUGCACUCCUGGGGCUACCUCUUACAGAGGGCGGCUGCUCUGAGCGUGGACUUAUGUCAGAUGAUCUCUCGAGUGCCAGAUGACAAAAUUGAAAACAGAUUUGCAGCGGAAAGAGAUGAUUAUGGAUCAGAUACAAUGAGUGAAAUCAAUAUUGUUGGAAGAAUUACCCUGAACCUUUGGAGAAUCAUGAGAAAUGAGGUUGCCCUGACUAACUACACUUUUGAAAAUGUGAGCUUUCAUGUUCUGCAUCAGCGUUUCCCCCUUUUUACCUUCCGAGUCUUGUCGGACUGGUUUGAUAAUAAGACAGAUCUCUACAGAUGGAAAAUGGUUGAUCAUUAUGUCAGCCGUGUCCGUGGAAAUCUCCAGAUGUUAGAACAGCUGGACCUAAUUGGAAAAACCAGUGAAAUGGCCAGACUUUUUGGCAUUCAGUUUUUACAUGUAUUAACAAGAGGUUCACAGUACCGUGUGGAGUCAAUGAUGUUGCGUAUUGCUAAACCAAUGAACUAUAUCCCUGUGACACCUAGUAUUCAGCAGAGAUCCCAAAUGAGAGCCCCACAGUGUGUUCCCCUCAUUAUGGAACCUGAGUCUCGUUUCUAUAGCAACUCUGUUCUUGUUCUGGAUUUCCAGUCACUAUAUCCUUCAAUUGUGAUUGCAUAUAACUACUGCUUUUCCACUUGCCUUGGCCAUGUAGAGAAUUUGGGAAAGUAUGAUGAGUUCAAAUUUGGCUGUACCUCUCUAAGAGUACCUCCAGAUUUACUUUACCAAAUUAGGCAUGACAUCACAGUGUCCCCCAAUGGAGUAGCUUUCGUCAAGCCUUCUGUACGAAAGGGUGUUCUACCAAGAAUGCUUGAAGAAAUUUUGAAGACUAGAUUGAUGGUGAAGCAGUCAAUGAAGUCUUACAAGCAGGACAGAGCCCUGUCACGGAUGCUCAAUGCCCGUCAGCUAGGACUGAAGCUGAUAGCAAAUGUCACGUUUGGCUACACAUCUGCUAAUUUCUCCGGGCGAAUGCCAUGCAUCGAGGUUGGUGAUAGCAUUGUUCACAAAGCUAGAGAGACCUUGGAACGAGCAAUUAAACUAGUGAAUGAUACCAAGAAAUGGGGUGCUAGGGUUGUUUAUGGUGAUACUGACAGUAUGUUUGUGCUACUGAAAGGAGCCACCAAGGAGCAGUCUUUUAAGAUUGGUCAAGAAAUUGCUGAAGCUGUUACUGCUACUAAUCCUAGGCCAGUGAAACUGAAGUUUGAAAAGGUGUAUUUGCCCUGUGUUUUACAAACAAAAAAGAGAUAUGUGGGUUACAUGUAUGAAACACUGGAUCAGAAGGACCCAGUAUUUGAUGCGAAAGGAAUAGAAACAGUCAGAAGAGACUCUUGCCCUGCUGUUUCUAAGAUACUUGAGCGUUCUCUAAAGCUGCUGUUUGAAACAAGAGAUAUUAGUCUAAUUAAACAGUAUGUACAGCGACAAUGUAUGAAACUUGUGGAAGGGAAGGCCAGCAUACAAGAUUUUAUCUUUGCCAAGGAGUACAGAGGAAGUUUUUCUUACAGGCCUGGAGCCUGUGUUCCAGCCCUUGAACUUACAAGGAAAAUGCUUGCUUAUGAUCGGCGCUCUGAGCCUCGAGUUGGAGAACGAGUGCCAUAUGUCAUUAUUUAUGGGACCCCUGGACUACCCCUUAUCCAGCUGAUAAGGCGCCCAGCAGAAGUCUUACAAGAUCCCACUCUGAGACUGAAUGCCACUUACUAUAUCACCAAACAAAUUCUUCCACCCCUGGCCAGAAUCUUCUCUCUUAUUGGUAUUGAUGUCUUCAGCUGGUAUCAAGAAUUACCAAGGAUCCAGAAAGCUACCAGCUCCUCCAGAAGUGAACUUGAAGGACGGAAAGGCACUAUCUCUCAGUAUUUCACUACUUUGCACUGUCCUGUGUGUGAUGACCUGACUCAGCAUGGUAUCUGUAGUAAAUGUCGGAGCCAACCUCAGCAUGUAGCAAUCAUCCUCAACCAAGAAAUUCGAGAAUUGGAGCGUAAACAGGAGCAACUUGUAAAGAUAUGCAGGAACUGUACGGGUUCCUUCGACCGACAGAUCCCGUGUGUUUCUCUCAACUGCCCGGUACUUUUUAAACUCUCACGAGUAAACAGAGAAUUAUCCAAGGCACCAUACCUGCGACAGUUACUGGACCAGUUUUAAGGUAGCGGUAUCACAGGAUCCCAGGUGCUAUCUGUUCAGUGUUUACCACUCAACUCCUCUGCAUGGUGCUUUCUCAACCUCCAUCAAGUCAAAGAUGUUCACCUGUCUGUCUGCCAUCCAAGACUAGGAAGAUUUCUGCUAACGGAAUUAAAAAGGACACAUGCUGCUCUCUGGAUAGCUCACUUCCUACAGUGUACAAAUUCCUCAUCAUUUCACCUUUGAACAUCGUUUUAUAAUACUACAGGUGUUGGAUUUGCUCCAGUUUAUGUACCAUCUUGUAAAUCCAUUUGAACAGAUCAUGUUUACUUCCCUGUGGAAGGAACACUGAAAACCUCUUAAAGUCAUUCGUGUGUAUUCCUUAAACUGUCUGUAUCAGGAUGUGUUGCUUAGAGAUAUUCACUCACUUUAUAAUUUUGACUGCAAAAUAUUUUGUAAAUACACUUUUUUACUUUUCAAAUAACUGAGUAAAAUAAUGUGCAAUGAAUUUUAUACAAUGAUUUUCACGUUGUUGGUAUAUCUCCUCUAGGUUUUGCUUGACUCAAAGGGUAGAUUUGUUACUUUGAUCAAACUGUGCAAAUAGUACCAUGUGUAGCAUUUUUGAAACAUUCUUUUCUAAAGACCGCUGUCUUGCUAUAGCUACUAACGGGGCAUUGUGAGGAACUGUGCAAAGACAUUUUUGUUACAAACCUGUGGGCCUGUUGCAAUACUUUAAAAAUAAAAUAAAAAAAAUUUAUUCCAUUUUGCCUGUUUUGUAUAGACAUUUCUAUUGCUUCUAAAUAUGCUUAAAAUAUUUUCUUUCCUUAUGUACUGUACAGUUAAUCUUAUUUGCCAUCCCUUGAACACAAAUGUGUAUUUAGGAUAUUUGUAUAACUGUAUAAAAUGAAAAAGGAAUUAUGUGGUUAGUGCAUUGUUUUUUAAACUGGAAAUCCUUUUGUUUUGAGAGUUAAUAAUGG